GAAUUCUUGUGUAUUAACCGCCAGGCCCAGUCCAAUGCGUGCGAAGUGUGCACUGUACGCCGUAAAGUACGGUACAGCCGAUCUAUCAUGUUGGCUCCCUUUCACCAUCACGUUCAUCCCAAAUUUGGGCUGCCUUCACAAUAUCUGGAUACAUGUCCGACAGGAGUUUGACUUUUCAUUGAUAGUAUUAGAUCAGACUUCCGGGGCUUGUCUGAGGGAAAGAAGUGGCUGCCUCUUGACGGGCCAGACCGGUCGCUGCGUGGAGUGUGUUGUGAUUCGUGUGAAAACAUCAUCAUCAUCACCUCUCAGUAUCAUGACCGUUGCCAGAAUGCCGCACUGGUUCGGGCACGAAGCGCAGAAACACUAUCGCUGCACGGUGAAGUAUCUGGACGAUUCAUCAUGGGAGACCACGUAUACUAAGAGCGAAGACAGCCAGAAGCUCUUCGACCGGAUCUGCGACCAUCUUAAUCUCAUUGAAAAGGACUACUUUGGCCUGCGUUUUGUUGACGAGAAGAAGCAGCGUCGCUGGCUGGAUUUAGGGAAGAAUGCACGGAAGCAGCUGAAGAAGGCCGGAAAAGAUGUGGACAAUGUUAUACUGUGUUUCCGCGUCAAAUUCUACCCGCCCGAUCCCAUACUGCGCCUCCAUGAGGAGCUGACGCUUUAUCAGUUAUUCCUGCAGUUGCGUCGCGAUCUCCAGCAUGGACGACUUUAUGGAUCAUCGGGCGAUGAAGCCAUACUACUGGCGUGCAUCCUCCAGUCAGAACUCGGUAACAUUUCAGCGGGUAUAGUAAAUGUUCCAGAAGACUAUCGCGUAUUAAUGAAACACGGGAAAAAAGGCGAAACCAAAACCAUCGAACAGUGGCACUACCUGCGCGACUUAAGCCCUUCGGAGUGUGAGAAGCGCUUUGUGGAACAGGCUGCCCGCCUGGACACCUUCGGCAUUGAUCCCCAUCAAGUGAAGAAUGAGGAAGAUCAGUCGGUUUUUCUGGGCUACAAUCAUUUUGGCAUCAUUGCUUUUCAAGGCUCAAAACGCAUCCUCCAUCUGGACUGGGCCCACAUCCUGAAAAUGUCUUACGAAGGCCGCACCUUCCUAGUACAGUUCAUGCGAGAAUCCAAGCCACAGACCCGCGGCUUAAAGUGCCCCACGUCCAAAGCGGCCAAGCAAUUGUGGCGGAAUGCAUUGGAGACCAAGAUCUUCUUCACAGCCCCGACCAGCAAGACCAUCAAGCCGGUCUCAAACGGCUCCACCAUCUUUUCUCGUGCAUCACGUGUCCGCUUCUCUGGGCGUGUGGCACGAGAAGCCAUGGAAGCCAGCUCGACUCUGCACCGUUCCGGUGUGACAUUCCAGCGAGCGGCCUUUGCACAUAAGCUCGAGCCGGACGUGUAUGAGGGCGUUGUGGCCACGCCAGCCCUUCACCGGCGCGCCAGCCUCUUUCCCAAACCCAAAGAAUCCGGCAGCGGAUCGCCGGUACCCGGUGAAAACCGGUCGGAAGAGUUGAUAGUAGUGACGCCGGAGCCACCCGCCUAUAUGGAGGCCGUUCCCUCGGAGGUGCACCAUCCACCUGCCUCUCCGUCUCCGUUCGAUAUGCCACCAGAACCGUCAUCUAGCACCAAACUUCCUUCACCUAUGCCGUCGCGAACUGGUAGCGAUCUACAGUUUAGACGACCGGUAACGGAAAGCAUAUUAGCCAGGGCUAAGCAGGAGAUGGAUCAGAAUAUCGAUGAUAUUUUAAGUAAUGGACGGUUUGAGCUGACCAGAGAAAUCUCGCAGACAGUACAGCCGGCAUCCGCCGCUGUCGCUGUGCAGCAUCGACAGUCGGCGUUGGGAACGGUAGCCGUAGUUGGACUGAUUUCCGGGACAGCUAUAUUGGGCAUUUACACCCUAUAUGAUACAAACUGGUUGUCGCCCGCACCGCUGUUAGCAGCGAUGGACAGCAUUCGAGAAUUCGUCGCGAGUCAUGUGCUUUCCUGGUGGAAUUAAAUGAAUUUCAAGUGAGAAGCGGCACCGGUGGAUGUGUUAGUUAACGUUAACGGGAUGAUAUGACAAUGGUUCUGGUCAGUGUGGCAGAAUUAUGUAUCAUGGCUUUGAUGAUACGAAAUGCUUUACAGUCUGUCAGAUUAUUUCUGUAGUCAGCAGUUUUAACGGUUUUAUAUUUUAACUUUUAAAAAUUUUUCUUCGGUUUUAUUGUGAGUUUGAAUCUGAUUGUCUGUUGUUUGUGCACAAACCAUGACUUCUAGUUUAAAGCGUAAUUAUUUCGAUUCUUCAAAAAAACGAACUUUCGGUGAAUGAAUCACUUUUUUAUUGCGCCAUAAUAUUAAACUGGCAGGAAAAA